GUCUCUGAGAGUAACUAAAGGAGAGUGCAAUUACGUAGUGUGUGGGAGACAAAGAGAGAUGGCUAAGUGGUGUAUGUUGGUGUUGGUUCUUGCUCUAGCUCUGGCUGUGGCCACAAGUGCCAGAGAUGCACCCGAAGAUGUUGGUCUCAAGGACCAGAAGAACUUCAUCAGCUAUGCUGGAGUUGGUGGCUAUUCAGGAAUUGGAAGCAAUGGACUACCUUUUGGAGGUGCCGGAAUAGGUGGUGGCACCACCGGGAUAGGUGGAUUGGGAGGAUUCGGAGGUCCCAUUGGCGGUGGUACUGGUGGCAGUGUUGGAGGUGGCGUUGGCGGUGGUAGCAUACCUCAUCCCACCCCUUGAGUGAAUGAACAUGCAUGCAUGCAUGCAUAUGGAAUUUCUCUUUCCGCUUCUUUAAUUUGGAUUAUCUUAGUCGAGCUAGCUUUCUUUUUCGUUCAGGAAAUAAUUGUGGUUUAGUUGCGUGUCGUUUAUCUUACAAGCAUUUUAGCGUUUGAUUUAUUAUCGCGCGCCUAUUGAAAGCAAAAAAAUAGUAGUAGUAUAUCUUGUAAUGUAUGUCAUUUCUGUCGAUCUUUUCUUAGGUUUUGUGUCAAAGUGUCAACCAUAGUAUGUGCUCAUAUAUAUAUAUGUGUGGUUCUUUUAUGGAAUAUUCACAUUUAGCAUGGAAGUAAUUAACGUAA